ACCUCCUCGCCGCGGCCGCCCCCGCCCGCGCGCCCCCCGGCUCCUCGGCGACGGGAGGCUGCGUGCCCCCGCCGGCCGCCGCGCUCCCCAGCAGCAUGCUCUAUUUCCAGAUGGUGAUCAUGGCAGGGACGGUGAUGCUGGCGUACUACUUCGAGUACACGGACACGUUCGCCGUGAACGUGCAGGGCUUCUUCUGCCACGACAGCGCCUACCGCAAGCCCUACCCGGGCCCGGAGGACAGCAGCGCCGUGCCGCCCGCGCUCCUCUACUCCCUGGCCGCCGGCGUUCCCGUGCUCGUGAUAAUCGUUGGAGAGACGGCUGUGUUUUGCCUGCAACUGGCCACCAGGGAUUUUGAGAACCAGGAGAAAACUAUCUUAACCGGAGACUGUUGCUAUAUCAACCCACUGGUGCGGAGAACUGUGAGAUUCCUCGGAAUCUACACGUUCGGACUGUUCGCCACCGACAUCUUCGUGAACGCCGGGCAGGUGGUGACGGGGAACCUGGCCCCCCACUUCCUGGCGCUGUGCAAGCCCAACUACACGGCGCUGGGCUGCCAGCAGCUGACGCAGUUCAUCAGCGGGGCGGAGGCCUGCACGGGCAACCCCGACCUCAUCACCCGGGCCCGGAAGACCUUCCCCUCCAAGGAGGCGGCCCUCAGCGUCUACGCGGCCAUGUACCUGACGAUGUACAUCACCAGCACGAUCAAAGCCAAGGGGACGAGACUUGCGAAGCCGGUCCUGUGCUUGGGCUUGAUGUGCUUGGCCUUCCUCACUGGCCUCAACAGGGUGGCGGAGUACCGGAACCACUGGUCGGACGUGAUCGCGGGCUUCCUGGUGGGCAUCUCCAUAGCCGUGUUCCUGGUCGUGUGCGUGGUCAAUAACUUCAAAGGGAGGCAGCCUGAGCCACACCUGCACGUGGACGGCCUGGCUCACACGCCGAUGGUCAGCAUUCCUCGAGUGGAAAGUCCCUUGGAAAAGAACCACCUCGCCGCCUUCGCGGAGGUCACAUGAUGCGGAAGCCGCCGGGCCCUCUCUGCACUGGGCGUCCUCCCUGUUCACCGUCCACUCGUAGCCCCCGAAGCUUGUUGGUUGCGGAAGGAGUUUCUCAAGUUGUCUGAUAGUUUUUAUAAUUUCCAACCAGUGUCGAUGUGUCUGCCCCCCCCCCCCCCACUAGACUGUGAGCUCCUCCAAGG